AUGAAUCAUGGAGGAGGGGAUAAUGAUUGGGAUGAUGUUUUUGUUUCAUCAUCUACAACAAAUGGUGGAGGAGGAGUAACAAAUUCUCAGCAACAAGGUCCUACGAAUGAUGUGAUAUUUGCAACCAACAAUUCAUUAGGUUCUUCUUCUUCUUUCGGAGGAGUUAAUAAUAAUCCAUAUUCUUCUUCAUCAACUCUAUAUUCUAAUAACAUCACCACCACCAAUAAUAAUUACAAUAGAAAUGAACCAGUUUUGAUUGAUGAAUAUUCAUCUUCAACAAUUAAUUCAGCAUCAAACUCUAAUUUAAUUGGACUUCAUGAACCAACACUGAAUGAUUUGGUGAAUAAUAAUAAUAACGGCGGAUUAAAGAGUAAAAUUAAAAACAAGUUAAAGAGAAAGAAGAAGAAGGGAGGUGUUAGAUUCCAAGAUGAAGCCAAUGAUGACGAUAAUGACGAUGAUGAUGAAGUUUCUUCUAGUGAUGAGGAUGAUGGUAAAGUUAAAACUGAUAGAGUGAAACCAUCACUUCCUCUCCAAAAACAAGAUACCAAUGAGAAGGGAUUUACUGAGGUUAUUUUACCACCUCUUCCAGAAAAUAGAGCCAUCAAUAAUUUAUCAUCACAACAAACAAUUAAUAGUGGAUCGACAGGUGGUGGUGUUAAUGGUGGUGCUACUACAGAGGAACCUGUUUCGAAAUUAAUGAAAGGAGAUACACCUCAUUGGCUCUUUAUUUUGUCAUUUGUAGUUCCGACUAUUGUCGUUUGCUCAAUUCUGGCAGCAAUUCAAUUGGGAGUUUGUGCCUAUUUGUUUGGACAAAUUAAUUCUGAUCCUACAUUUAAGAAUGACCCAAAUGCACUGACAUGGGAACAUAAUUGUACUCUUGUUGAUAUUAGUAAUGAUUGUGCUGAAAGAGGAAAAUAUUUGGAUAGAGGAACUUAUUGUUAUUUUGAUGUGAAAUUUCCAAGUUUGAAAAAUGUUACAGAGAAUAAUGGAACAAUUUUGGAAUUGACAACAUUUUUACCUUAUAAUAUGGAAGAAACAGGAAUUUAUUUUCCAAUGAAAGUUGGAGAUAUUGUUUUGUGUUAUACUAAUAAGAAGGAGGAUUUGGUUAACAUUAUUGAACCAAUCUCGACACGAUACGAAGCCUACUAUGUUGCAGGUGGUAUUUUGGGAGUCUUUGGAAGUAUUUCAGUGGUAGCUGCUGUUUGUGUUAUCCCUACGGCCUUUGUUCGUCCCAAGAAUAGAAUUUAUUAA